UGAAGGAAAUUAGGCAUAAGCUGUCAACAGGUUAUUAUUGCGUUUUCUUUGUACAAAUCCAAUUUUUCUAUAAUUUCAAUUCGUUAAAAACUCGCGUGUCUGGUUAAAAAAGAGUAGUGAUUAACGAAUUUACUCACGAGACUCAAAUAAUGUGAUAUAAUUGAACUUUAAAACAUCGAUCCAACACAACAGAUUAGAAAUAUUAAAGAGAAUUUAAUUAUUGGUUAAAUUAAAAGAUCAACAUGGCGCUCUGGGCUAGAGCACAGCAGUUACCGCCAGAGAGUUUGCAGAAGGUGCGAGCUAUCUAUGGGGAACAUUUUCCCAUAGAAGUACGCCACUGCCUUGCUACGUGGAUUGAAAGUAGGAUAUGGACCCAAGAACCAGAAGAGCAGCAGCGUUUCUUCGUGGAGGAGUUGGUCCAGGAGAUCCAGACCCAUGCGGAGCUGAUGCUGUCUGCGGAGCUGUUUGUCACCAAGAUGAAGCUGAUUGAAGCUUCCAAGCUAUUCCGCAUGCAGUACAGCCACGCCCCGCACGAACUAUACACUUACAUGCGGCGUUGCCUGGCUUUAGAAAUGGACGUCAUACAGAACGCCAUGGGCACGCCGUACAUCGCACAGCCGCAAACAGAGAGGAAGUAUAGCGAGUUGAUAACCGGCUUGCAAACAGUUCGUCAGAAGGUGAACAUGGCGAGUGAGGAAAUAAGGAGCCUCCAAGCCAACAUCGAAUCUUUCUCCCUGCAGUAUCAUGAAUGCUUGAAGAAUAAAGGCCAUAUCAACUACUUGCAGCAGUCGGGGCCGAUGACGAACGACCGUCGUGAGUUAGAGGCUUGCCUGCGAGUCCAGAUCGAAGAGAUGGAGAGAAAACUUAACGCUUUGGUGGCCCAAAUCAACCAGUCCCAAAUGGAACUGGUAGACCACAUGAAGGAGAACAUCACCACCUUGCGCCAGCUGCAGAGCCAGGUUUUGGAUGAAGAACUUAUUAAAUGGAAGCGAGAGCAGCAACUAUCGGGCAAUGGAGUCCCGAUGCAGUCCAACCUGAACACGAUCCAGGAGUGGUGUGAACUGCUGGCCGACCUGAUCUGGAGCACCCGGCAGCAGGUCAACAACGUGGCUCGGAUCAACAGCAAGACCAUCGUGGAGCUGAGGCAGCCUCACCUCGUUGAGAUGCUGGACGACAUGAGCAAGCAGGUGACAAGUCUGCUAUCAACAUUGGUGACGUCAACUUUUGUGAUCGAAAAGCAACCGCCCCAGGUCAUGAAGACCAAUACACGUUUCACGGCUACGGUCCGCUUGCUGGUGGGUGGUCAACUCAAUGUGCACAUGACUCCGCCGAGAGUUACAGUGGUAAUAAUCUCAGAGCAGCAAGCUCAGUUGCUGCUCAAGAGUGACACUCAGAGCGGGCGCGGCAAGCAGCCGGUGGAGUGUGGAGACAUCCUUAACAACAGCGGCUGUAUGGAGUACCAGCCCACCAACAGGCAGCUCAGCGUUAGCUUCCGGAACAUGCAACUGCGUAAAAUCAAGCGCGCUGAAAAGAAAGGGACGGAGAGCGUUAUGGACGAAAAACUCACUCUUCUAUUCCAAUCCGAGUUCAACGUUGGUGGUGGAGAAUUGGUAUUCCAGGUGUGGACUCUAUCCCUGCCCGUGGUGGUGAUAGUCCACGGCAACCAGGAGCCCCACGGCUGGGCAACCGUUACCUGGGACAACGCCUUCAGCCCCCCGGGACGAGUGCCGUUCGCUGUGCCCGAUAAGGUGACCUGGGGUCAGUUGGCUGAAACUUUGAGAAUCAAAUUCUGCUCGGCCACCGGAGGGGAUCUAUCCGAAGAUAAUCUACGCUUUUUGGCUGAAAAGAUCUUUAGUCUGUGUUCAAGGACCAAUCUGCCCAUUAACACGAUGGAGCUAAAUGGUAUGACAGUGAGCUGGACCCAGUUCUGCAAGGACGCGCUGCCAGAACGCAACUUCACGUUCUGGGAGUGGUUCUACAUGGUUGUGAAGGUCACCCGGGACUAUCUGAGGACGCUGUGGUGUGACCGUCUCAUCAUGGGUUUCAUCCAAAAGAAGCAAGCCGAAGAAAUGCUGGGGAAAUGUCCACCGGGAACAUUCUUACUCCGGUUCUCUGAUUCCGAACUUGGUGGUAUCACUAUUGCUUGGACUGGUGAGGGUAACGAAGUCUUCAGUCUCCAACCCUUCACCUCUAGAGACUUGAUGCUGCGUUCAUUAGCAGACAGGAUCCUGGAUUUGACGCAGCUGCAGUUCCUUUACCCCAAUGUGGCUAAAGACGACGUGUUCUCCAAAUACUACACUAAGCCUGAGAACGAAAUGCUAAAGAACGGUUACGUGAAGCCGGUUUUGGUGACUACUCUGCCUCCGUACAUGUCUGGUUCGCCGGCGUACGCUCAUUCGCCGGACUCUCAUAGAAACACGCCUAGCGUGCAUAGCAGGUACAUGAUUGAGUUUUAAAACGAACAAGAUUAUGAGAAUUUAAGUUUUUUUUUAAUUAUUGCGAAUUAGUUGUAUUUUUUUUCUUAGAUAAGUUUAAUUUUAAUAGUCACAUCCGAUUCUUUUAUUUUUUUACUUGAUUCCUUUAUUUCGUUUCGAAUUUUUAUAAGUUGACGACAAUCUCAAUUUAGUUAAGGUUUUAUUUUUUUUAAUUUUCGUAAAGUAUUAUUAAUGUUGACUAUAUACUAAUACGUGUCCAAAAAUAUUAAAGAUAAAUCAAAGUUAUUUAAACUAAAAAUGCGGCUUAGUUUUUAUGCUAUAAAACAUACAGACUGACAAACUAAGUACUUCAAGACUAAAAAAAUUUUAGACACGUAUUUUCACGAUCGGUCUUAUAAAAUUUGUUUUGAGUUCAGGUCUAGAUUUAUUCUAGACUUAGAUCUGUGGAGUGUACUUUGACUUUACUCAGACUUUACUUAGAGUUAAAAUGAGACAGAGCUAUGUUUCUCACAUAAAUCCAUCUCGCUUUAACCCUGUCAGUCUGGGCAAGGUCAAAGUACGCCCUGUAGAUCUCAGACUAAGAGUAAUGAAUAAAAUUUUCUAAGCAAUACUAGUUUUUAAUUAUUUGAUAGUAUUUUUAUAGCAAUGUAAGGUUGUAUUGAUAAGUCUGUUUUUAACAAAACACAUGAAAUCCAUGACUUUUUUUUAAAUUUGAAUAACAAUAUGGACGAUUUUGCAAAAAAAAAAUUAUUUUUAAGUUUUUACGUAUUAAAAAAAAUAUCGAUAAAAUAUUUAGUUUAGGUUUAAAGCUAUGUCCACACUAAUAAAAAUUUGCUCCGAGUGUAACAGUGAUCGCACACAAUACCAUGUGUAGUAUGUAAAUACGAAUAUGCUCGUCUCAUUUAUCAACGAAAAUAAAUGGGGUUUUAUUGACGCAUAUUUUUAUUAGUGUGAACACGGCUUUAGAAAAAAGCUUUCAUGUUUAGGCUAGGCGCGCACGGGCGGUUAAUUGACUAGCUGGUCAAAUAGAGUAGCCAUCUUGGAUUACCAUACGUUAUCGUACGUUGAAAUUGCACGUUGUGUGUUAACAUUACUACGUUACCGUUACCCACAUACUCAAAUUAUGUCAAUAGAGCCUCGAUAGCUCAACGGUUGAGCGGACUGAAUUCCGAAAGGUUGGCGGUACAAACCCCACCCGUUGCACUAUUGUCGUACCCACUCCUGGCACCAGCUUUACGCUUAAUUGGAUGGGAAAGGGGAGUUGACGCCUGCCAGUUACGCGGACAUCGAAACCUCGCCGUUUUAAGUUCCCUAACUGUCGCAACAGUCAUGUUCCUAACAUCGUAGCUUUAGUUUUUACGUAAUUAAUUAUUACCACUAUUAGUAAAUUAUUUUGACGAUUCAAAAGCACUUGUAAAAGUUUAUUUAAAUGAAAAUCUAUUCUAUUCUAUAAUCAACUUAGAAAUCUAUCAAUUGUCUAUCAAAUGGCGUACAAUAGUACAGUACUUUGAAUAAAUGAUUUUGAUUUUGUCGUUAACUUUGCCACUGACACUGGUCAUUUAACCGCCCGUGCGCGCUUAGCCUUGCAUUUACUACAUGAAAAGCAAGAAAUUUGGAAAAGACUUAAAAAAAAGUAUUAUUCUUUCUUAUAGCUGCGGCACAACUAUUCUACAACUUUAAAAAAAAAGAAAAUGGCGCCGAUGUGUGUUUCAAAUAUAUGAUUUAGGGGAUA